CCGCCUGCGCGAGGAUCAGCUGAGGGACUGCCAAGUCUGUUGACAGCAGCCCCGGCUGUGCUGCCGGUUCCGGGGUUGGCGCCGGGAGUGGGGGUGGCUCGUCCUCCUCAGCGGCGUUUCCGAGUCUCAUAGAUGUGAGUCCGAUGGAACUGCCUGGGGAAGACGAGCAGCCGCAGCUUCCGCAGCCCUGGGGCCGGCUUCUCCGCCUGGGCGGGGAGCAGGGCGAAUCGCACGUCCUCCUGCGGAAGCGCGAAUGGACCCUUGGGCGUCGGAGAGGUUGUGACCUCUCAUUCCCUGGCAAUAAACUGGUCUCUGGAGAUCAUUGUAAAAUUGUAGUGGAUGAAAAAUCUGGUCAGGUGACACUGGAAGAUACCAGCACCAAUGGAACAGUAAUCAACAAGUUGAAGGUUGUUAAGAAGCAAACUUACCCUUUACAGACUGGGGAUGUCAUCUACCUGGUGUACAGGAAGAAUGAGCCAGAAUAUAAUGUGGCAUAUCUCUACGAAUCUUUAAAUGAAAAGCAAGGCAUGACCCAGGAAUCUUUUGAAGCCAAUAAAGAAAAUAUGUUCCAUGUGACCAAAGAUACCUCACGUCCCGGGCCGGGGGAUGACCCCCAGGUCCCACCACCAUUGCCUGCCCCCCAAGCAUGCUUGGAAGAACCACAGCCAUCAACAUCGACGUCAGACCUUUUCCCCACAGCCUCUGUCUCUUCCACAGAGCUGACCUGUGUAGUGCAAGAACAUUCCUCCAGCUCAGGGUCUGGAGGUGCAGGCAUCUCCCUGAAAGGAUGUAUUCCAUUUGUGGCAAGUGACGAACUCUCCGGCCUCACUUCAGCUCCCCCAGACGGAGAAGGUAUACCCUGUUCUUUGUUAGGGCCCCAGGACCAGGAGGAUUUAGAGCCCAUGAAGAAGAAGAUGAAAGAAGAUGGGGAACUGGAUCCAAACGUGCCAUUGAUGGUCACAGACCAGUGUAGAAAUGCCCAGGCCACCCAUGAGGACGCUAGAGUUGCCACCAUGAAGCCAGACAAGAUGGAGGAGACACUCACAUGCAUCAUCUGCCAGGACCUGCUGCAUGACUGUGUGAGUUUGCAGCCUUGUAUGCACACAUUCUGUGCAGCCUGCUACUCUGGCUGGAUGGAACGCUCAUCCCUGUGCCCCACAUGCCGCUGUCCAGUGGAGAGAAUCUGUAAAAACCACAUCCUCAACAACCUUGUGGAAGCGUACCUCAUCCAGCACCCAGUGAAUGCUGUGUGUCCUUGGAAUCUAGACAAGAGUCGCAGUGAAGAAGAUGUGCGCAGUAUGGAUGCCAGAAAUAAAAUCACUCAAGACAUGCUGCAGCCCAAAGUCAGGAGGUCUUUUUCUGAUGAGGAAGGAAGUUCAGAUGACCUGCUGGUGCUGUCAGAUGUCGACAGUGAAUCCUCAGACAUAAGCCAGCCAUACAUCAUGUGCAGACAGUGUCCCGAGUACAGAAGACAAGUGGUGCAGCCCCUUUCCUGUCCAGCACCAGACAGCAUACCAGGGGCCCCACAGGCCCUUGGGUGGGAUACACCUUCCACUUCUACUAGCUUCACCACGGCAGCCCAGGACUACGUGUGCCCUGUGCAAGGAAGCCAUGCCAUAUGCACCUGCUGCUUCCAGCCCAUGCCUGACCGGAGAGCUGAGCGUGAGCAAGAUCCUCAUGUCCCACCCCAGCAGUGUACAGUUUGUCUGCAACCCUUCUGCCACCUGUACUGGGGUUGUACCCGGACCGGCUGCUCCGGCUGCCUCGCCCCAUUCUGUGAGCUCAAUCUGGGGGACAAGUGUCUGGAUGGAGUGCUGAAUAACAACAACUAUGAGUCAGACAUCCUAAAGAAUUACCUGACAACCAGGAGUCUGACGUGGAAAAACAUGUUGACAGAAAGUCUCAUGGCUCUGCAGCGGGGAGUGUUUUUACUGUCUGAUUACAGGGUCACUGGGAACACAGUGCUGUGCUAUUGCUGUGGUCUGCGCAGCUUCCGAGAGCUGACCUAUCAGUACCGGCAGAACAUUCCUGCUUCUGAAUUGCCAGUGGCUGUGACAUCCCGUCCUGACUGCUACUGGGGCCGCAACUGCCGCACUCAAGUGAAGGCCCACCAUGCGAUGAAAUUUAAUCACAUCUGUGAGCAGACAAGGUUCAAGAACUGAACAUCAGGGCAACACAGCGCAGAGCCUUAGAGGCAGGGAUACUGCGUGUUGAAAACAUUGAGUACAGACACUCUAAGGGCAUUUUACUGUCCCCAGCAGUGCCAGCUUGGCUCUGGUCAGGUGCUAUGGAGAGACUUCUCCUGCUGUGGAGUUUUAGCCCUGAGUGAGAUGCCCAAGUGGCCUGCAGGCUGAGUUGGCAGCACCAACCUCCUGCUGAGCAUGGGAGGUGGAGCCCACACACAGACCUCCAGCCCGACUGACAGUUGUGCCCACUCUGCGAGUGGUGACAGUGCAGGUUUGCUCUUUUUGUCCCUUUUCCAUCAUUGUGGUUAAAAUGGAAAUCUCUUUUCAGGAAAAACUUCAUGGGAGAAGGGGAAAGUGUGUCAGAAGUGCUCUGUUAGGGAAAAGGAGUAUAAGUUUACAGCAUACAGGAUGUACAGAAUACUUUGCUGUCGGGACAACCACAGCCCUUUAUAUAUUUUUGUUUUAAUAGGUUUGGUGCUUAUUUUCUAAUAAGAUUUAAAGAUUGCAAUCUGUAGCACAAAUAAUAUAAUUUAUAAUUUACAAAUUGACUAAAUUGGGGCUAAUAUGAAAGAAGGUUUGUGUUUAUUAAAAAAAAAAAAAAGAUCCAAUGUCCCAGACUGCUAACCCAAACUUGGAUGUCAAGUUAGCGGCUCCUUGCUGAUGUGGGUGAAUUAUGUCACUGCUGUUCCCACACUAGGCUGGACACAGGCUGUCAUAGAGCAGGGUGAGGCUGGCCCCAGCCCCUACCCAGGCCUGCAAUGUGGGAGUGGGUGCAGGGCCUUCACUGCCUGAGCCCUCCCCUCAUGCAUUACAUUUGCCAUGUCAUCUGGAAGAAUACUUGAAAUUUUGUUUCUUUGUUGUUGUUUUUUUUUUAAUUUUUAUUUUUUGUUGAAAUCAUCUGUUAUUUUUGUUUGCAAGCUAUAACCUUUUUGCUUCUUCUCAGGAAUACAGUUUUCAAUUGUUGUCUUGCUCUUGAUACACACUGAGAGGCAGCACUCUGUGGGAGAAAAGUCCCUCUUUCGGUUCUAAUAAACAAGCGGUUUUGUUUCUAUCCUCUCUGUUCAUGUGUGGGCUGACAUGCUCUCUUCCUCUUCUGUAUUGCUGCUCCUCCUCAUGCUAUCUCCGUUGACACCUCACUGUCUGACCACAUAUGGGUGCCAUACGUGGCUGAAAGUCUGGGCAUC